AUGAACAACAGAAAGAAAUUUGAGGAAAUAAAGCAGCAGCUUGAGUCCUUUCUUACUCCAAAACAUCUUAGGAACGAGUUUCCCCAAGAGAAGGGAUGGAUGAUGCCCGAAAACUCCCCAUACAAGAACGAGUACAGAAAAGAAGGCUGA